UGGUUACUCGCCGCGGCCGUGAUUUCUUUGGUUGUGAUUUCGUUGGGGCGGAAUAAUGAUGUACGGAAUAGGAUGGCGCAGGUUUCGAUGCCGUUCAAGGGAAAAGGCGAUUGGAGUGAGUGGAGGCCGGAGUUUAUAGAUGAGUUUCUUCCGGAGGGGAAGGGUGAGGCGAAGACGGAGGGAAAGGAUGAGGGUGGUGAGGAGGUGGUGAACGGCGACUCUACUCCGGAGACGAAAGGCGACUCCAUUCCGGAGACAAAAGGCGACGACACUCCCGCCUCCGCGAAGAGCGACUCCGAACAACCUGGUAGUCACUCUGUCAUCAAUGUGCCGCUAAGGAUUCUCCCCGUUGGCGACAGCAUUACGGAAGGAAAGGAACGAAAUGGGAACAAUGGAUGGCGACUUCCGUUGAGGAAUCACUUAGUGCAGGAAGGACGCUCGGUGGACUUCAUCGGCACAAAAGAAACGGGCGACAACAACCCAGACAAUCAGCACGAAGGCUGGGGCGGCCAAGCCAUGGUCGUAAUCCAAGAAAAAAUCAUGGCAAACAAUAUUCUCACCCAGCACCCGAACCUCGUACUCCUCGGCGCGGGCACCAACGACUGCAACGAAGGUUUUGGUCUGCCUCCUACGGAACCACACGAAUCUGAGAUUAUCCGGCUGGAAAAUCUCAUGGAUGCGAUUCUAUGCGAGAACCCCGACGCCGCCCUGAUCGUGGCGCAAAUCACGGACAAUCUCACGGAUCUGAAGGAUACCGAGCGAGUGCGGAAGUUCAAUUCGCAGAUUCCGGGACUGGUGGAGAAGAAAAGGAAGCAGGGGUUCCGGGUGGGCAUAGUGGACAUGUUCAACGCGGUGGGGUACAACCUCGAUGACUCAGGCAUCCACCCCUCCGAAAAGGGCUACAACGCCAUGGCAGCAGCUUGGUUUGAAGCCAUCAAACUCCUACCUGAAGAAUGGAUCCAGCCGGCGAGGGAACCGGGUUCCAAAGCGCCGACGUUUUGGAGUCAACAGGAAACGCUGGCGUGUGGGGCUUUGAAAGGCUGGGACCGCGAUUACUUUGUCACGAAUAAAUCGCAGUCCGCGUGGAUGUACCCGCCCAAGGAGGAUAUGAGUAAUUGGACGAGAUUGCAUGAGUUGUAG